AUGCCGCGCAGCUGUUCGCAAUUCGAAACAUUUUGUUGCUGCGUGAUCGUCGGGCUGCUUGUCUAUUAUUUUACGCGCCAAGAUGGUUAUGAGGAAGAAAGAAGCAAAUUACCUCCAAAAUAUGCGCCAGAUUUUGCUGUUGGAAAUGUUGAUUUCCCUCAAGACCCAGAGAUUACGCGCAAAUUCUACGAGACGUCCGUGGAAGCGCGGCGAAAAUUGCUGUCAAACGUGCUUCAAAACAAGAGCUCUACGAAAGAGUGGGCGUUCGCUGGGUUGUAUAACGGACUCGUUCCAGAGGUGCUCUGCCCCUCACUAAUUCGAAUUGGUGCUGUAAAUGAUGGCGGGAAAUGGAUGUGUCGACCGUGGGGAAUGCCCGACAACUGCUCGAUUUAUUCAUUAGGCGUCAAUCAGGACACGAGUUUCGAACGCGAAGUCCAAGCAUUGACGGGGAGUCGAUGCCGGAUAUUUGCAUACGAUAAGAAUGCGCCGAAGAGCAAUUCGGUCCUGAAGGGAUUUGAGGAGAUUCGCGCCAAAUUCAAGCGCGGCUUCAUCGGUGAUGUGCAAGAUGAGGCGGCCGGGAAAUUGAGUUUAAUCGAAGAGAUGAGACUCAAUGGUGAUCAGGAGAUCGAGAUCCUGAAGAUUGAUAUUGAAGGCGGUGAAUUCGUAGUUCUACCGUCAAUUCUACAGCACACCAAAAUUUGUCAGAUCCUCGUCGAGGUGCACGGGGACCCAAAUCGAGUGCUGAAGCUGUUGAAAUUGCUCGGCCAACAUGAGUACAGGUUAUUCUCUUACGAGAUUAACGGGAAACAUCAUACGCUCGCCGAAUAUUCCCUCGUACACAAGGAUUGCUUCGAAAAGUACGGUAUCACCCCGUAUGCCCAUUAUUUGGACGGGCUGGACGGG